UUCCCCGCCCGGGCGCCUCGGUGGGAUGGGCAGGGGCCCGCGGGGGGCGGGGGAGGGGUGCGGAAUGGAAACCGGAAGCGGAAGCGGCGCGCGCAAGUAAACCGCUUUUCUUCCCCUGCAGUCAGGCGGCUUCUCCCGUGCGCUGCCCCGCUACCCGCGUGCCCGGCCUUGCGCCCGCUCCCCCUCCGCGCCAACGGCCGCCGGCCCGCGGCCCCGCCCCCGCUCAACCGCCCGCCGGCAGGCGGGGAGGGGCUCUUGCCCGCCAGUCCGCCCGCCCGCCGCCUAGCCCGCCCGCGUCCCUGCCAGGCGGCCGCGAUGUCUGACAAGGAGUUCAUGUGGGCCCUCAAAAAUGGGGACUUGGAUGAGGUGAAGGACUAUGUGGCCAAGGGUGAAGAUGUCAACCGGACACUUGAAGGUGGGAGGAAGCCUCUUCACUAUGCAGCAGACUGCGGACAGCUUGAGAUCCUGGAAUUUCUGCUAUUGAAAGGAGCUGAUAUUAAUGCUCCAGACAAACAUAAUAUCACACCACUCCUAUCAGCAGUCUAUGAAGGCCACGUUUCCUGUGUGAAAUUGCUUCUGUCAAAGGGUGCUGAUAAGACUGUGAAAGGCCCAGAUGGACUAACUGCCUUUGAAGCCACUGACAACCAGGCAAUCAAAACUCUUCUUCAGUGACGGAUGGACUGAUAUCUUAAAUGUCCCUCCUGUGGCCUCACACUGCUGCCUGUCUGUCACUCUCUGCAUCUUCCAGCUUCUUCAGCUAAAUACUUUGGGGGGAGGGAAAUUCUUUAUGAAUAAGACUAGUUAGGGCUUGUAUCGAAGAUAAUCUGUUUGGAAAGAAUUGAAAACUAUUAUGAACAGUAUCCCUCUAGCAGUUCUUUUCAGUGCACAAUCUCUUCCCAUUUCUAGUGAAAAUGGAGGAAGGAAGACAGACCAUGAUGUUGAAUUUUUGGCUUGUAAACCUCCUAGGUUAGUACUAAGAUUUUUGUUGAAAGAUUACUUUAGAUGGGAGUACUGUGCUAUAUACCUGAAACUAAUUGUGAAGGAGACAAUAGUCCCAUGCUAUUAGUGUCUGCCAUAAUCUGAAGUGUAGUAAUGUAGGUAGCUGAGUUGCUUUUCUCUCAGUGGGUGGCUUUAUUUUUCUUCUGCCUGAAGCUUAUGUUGCACUUUUGAGGACUUUUGAUACUAGUUAUUGGAGUUGUUCUAUGUAUUGAGUAAUUGGAUGACACACUAAUAUUUUGCUGACUCUUGAGUAAACCAGGAAAGAUCAAUUGAGGCAUGGAGGUGUUACACUUCAGAAUAUCUGCCAAGGUACUUUUAGAUGCUUGAAUUUGAGGGUUUUCUCUCCCAUGUUCAUUCUAGUCUAGGACAGAUGCUUUAAGCAACUGUUUUUGAGAGAGUUCAAAUGUCAGUGUGUAGUUAUUUCCAAAAGGAUUGUAAGAUGGAAUUUCUUUACUCACCAUGUCAGCAUAAAAUUUAUAGACAUGUGCAAAAGCUACAUACUGUUUGGUACUCAAGGAGAAUCAAGUCAAAUGUGGAAAAUGAAAAAUAAUUAUUUAGAUAUUUGUAUCAGGUGAAUAUUGUUGCUAAACUUUUCUGGUAAACUUUAAAGAUACAUCCAAGCUUUCUAAGUUUAGGUAUUAGGACCAGGAAGAUGUACAAUUCAAAGUCUUAAGUUGCUCGCACAUAUCUUUGAAUCGGUGUUUCAUUUUUGGCUAAAUGAACCUCUUAAAUUUCAUUAAGGUAUAGGGCUUGUUCUGAAAGUUCCCAGUGCAACCAUACUACAUCAACCAUCGACUUGUAGAUAAGAUUUACUAUACCAGUAAGUAUGACAGUGCUAUGACAGCCUUGAUAAUUAAUGGGAGGGUGUGUAAUGUUGUUUUAGGGAUUCCAAUCAUGUCUUAUGGUUCUCAGGAAUAUCUGAGCUUCUGUCUUUCAUUUUGAAGCUUUUCACCCUAAACUGAAUAACAGGUUUUAUAACAGAAAAAUACACACCACAAACUAUAUACUUUUCUCUUUUUUGGAAUACAGAUUUCAAACUUUCUGGUAAUAUACACAAUACAGAAAAAAAUGUAUACAAUGUCUCAUGCUGAACUCUUAAACAAUAGUAGCUGUAUUGUUUUGAUAUUGUUGAAAUUGAGAGGAUAUGUAGAAGUAGACUGGUGACUGCCACUUAUAUUUAAUGGAGACAUAAUUUUACUUGAAUCAUGUUGCAUAUUAUGGUUGAAUGUCUCAUCUAUAAAAAGCCUUGCAUUUGGAUGGUAAAAUGAGAGCAGAAACUGAUUUACAUGUACACAUUCCAUAAGAGAGCAAUGGAGAAAACAAUCAACUCUGGCCAUAAACUGUACAGUGCAAUUAGUCUUUGCUUCUUGGAGACUGGUGACAAGGAAGCACAGAAGGGUUGGAAAUCAGUGAUAAAUCAAUUAGCAAGCUGCUAGUAAAAGAAUAAACAUGUUUAAACAAUGCUUUUAAUGACUAUUUAAGGAGAACUCUUUAUCUCUCAUCAGUGCUGGAUUUUCACGUCAUUGUAAUAGUGUGAACACAGACUAUAGGUUUAACUCUUUAUUCAGCUAUGAAAGUAGCCAUCUUUGGCAUAAAUUUGCCUCCAUAUUAUGCUAUUAAAUACUUAGCUAUUAAAAUACUAGUUUAGAAAACUGCAAUCUGUUCUCACGUGAAAAACUUGAUUAUUCAAGUUUUUUGUGUUAGCAUCAACUUGUCUGGCCAUAGUGGCUUUGGAUUUUUUUUGUUUUUUCUUUUCUCUGUGUUCUUUCCUGCCCUUCCUUUCAACUCUCAUUUAGGUCAGCAUUAUGAUAGUAAAGAAACAUCAUCUUUGUACUAACUCUUCUGGUGAUUCACUGAGGCAAUUUUGCCUCUAUUUUUCUACAGUUAUGUGGACACCUUAUUUUUCUUACUUCACUUGAUUAAAAAAAAAUAUUCAAAAAAUCAGUGAGACACAUGUUGAUUUGGCUGUAAUAUACACCCAAGCUGCCUUUCAAGAUAGUUAAAAGAUGGCAUUUAAUGUUUGGCUUGAAGAAAUACUUUUCUUUGCACUGGUCUGAUUUGACCAUUGAUCAUUUUGCCCAGGAUUUUUCUUUAAAAAGGUAAUGAAAGUUUAUGCUUUUGUAAUUGUCUAGAAACUGGGCUUGUUCAUUUAUCCCUUCUUAUUGAUUUUAUUGUAGAAAAAGUAAUGGGUGGCUGCCUCUAUCUUUGAGCAGGUCCUAACUAAAUGAAAAUACCAAACUGUAAAUUAUUUUCCAUUCUGUAAACAGACCUUAAAUAUUUUGUCAGACUGGAAUUGCAUAUACUUGGAAAUCCACUCUGUUCUUAAACCCUUUCCUUUGAAAUUUGUGCUGAAUAAGUUAUAACCUUAAGUAUAUCUUAGAUUUUGUACCCUCUACUCCUUUUCUUACAGGGGAGCAAGUUGGAAAAGGAGUACGAUAGUUAAAUGGAACUUUAUCCUUGAACAUACCAUUGAAUUAUUUGUAGAAGAGGCUGGUAACAAUGGAGUGUCCUAGGUCAAGCAAUUGCAGUGUUGCAUGCAAAAUUUCAAAAUGAACUUGUCUUAAUUCUAUUUUGUAAAUGGAUAAACAAUCAUCUUUCUACACAGUGACAGAAGAAAAUUAGUGCUCUGUGCAUUUUGAUAUUUGACUUUCUCUUUUCAUCAUUGUUAACUGUUUUGACACAGUUGGGUUCAUUAUCAUGGUUCAUAGACAUCAGAAUGCUAAAUGAUACUGUAUUUUUAAGUUUGUGUUGCAAGAAUGAAUGGAAUAAACUUGAAUUGUGCGAUAUGAGAA